AUGCUUACAAGCAACAAAAAGGGGCCACAGUCCGCCUGCCUGAGAGACUGUCACACACACACACACACACACACACACACACACACCAGCAGAGACAAGAUGCAUCUCCCCGCUGUUCUCUCCUUACUGCUGGUCGUCUCCACUGCCCAGGCCUUCCAGUAUACGGAGCUCGCUCAGUUCAUUGACAGCCAUCAGGAAGAAUAUGUGGAGACUCUGCGGGACUGGGUUGCAAUUGAAAGCGACUCCAGCAACGUGAUGAGGAGGAAAGACCUGCAUCGCAUGAUGGAGCUGGUGGCUCAGAAGCUGAGGCUGAUGGGAGGGACAGUGGAACUGGUUGAUAUCGGGGAACAAGAGCUUCCUGACGGACAGACGCUGCUGCUGCCUAAAGUGGUGACUGCCCAGUUUGGCACUGACGUAAACAAACACACAGUGUGUGUGUAUGGUCAUGUGGACGUCCAGCCAGCCAAGCUAGAGGACGGCUGGGCAACGGAUCCCUACAACCUGACUGACAUCAACGGUCAUCUUUAUGGAAGAGGAGCAUCAGACAACAAGGCCCCAGUGUUAGCCUGGAUCCAUGCAGUGGGGGCUUAUCAGGCCCUCAAUAUGGAGCUGCCAGUGAAUGUGAAGUUUGUCAUCGAGGGUAUGGAGGAGACGGGGUCUAACGGCCUGGACGCCAUGAUCCUGGCUCAGAGAGACACCUUCUUCUCUGACGUGGAUUACAUCAUCAUCUCAGACUGCGGCUGGCUCAGCCGGCGGCCCGCCCUCACCUACGGCACCAGAGGGAACUGCUACUUCUUUGCUGAGGUUGAAGGACCUAAACAGGACUUACAUUCGGGUGUUUAUGGAGGCACUGUGAUUGAACCAAUGACUGACCUCAUUGGCAUUCUUGACACACUGAUCAGUCCCAGUGGAAAGAUCCUGAUUCCUGGGAUCAGGGAGGCUGUGGCUCCCCUUUCUGAUGAGGAAUGGAAAAGGUAUCAGGACAUCCAGUUUGACGUUGAGGACUACAAGAACAAGAUCGGUGUCAGCCAGCUCAUGUACAGCAAUAAGGUUGACCUGCUGGCACACAGGUGGCGCUACCCCACUGUCACCAUCCACGGCAUAGAGGGGGCCUUCUCGGACCCCGGCACAAAGACUGUCAUCCCGGCUAAAGUUACUGCUAAGUUCUCCAUCAGACAAGUCCCAGACAUGGACCCUGCUAUGGUGAAAAAACAGGUAACAGACUACCUUCACUCAGUGUUUGCCAAGAGGAAGAGUCCCAAUAAGCUGAAGGUCACCAUGGUGAUCGGGGCCAAGCCCUGGCUGGCUGACACUCAGCAUCCUCUUUAUGAGGCGGGGAAGAUCGCUAUCUCCUCCAGUUUUGACAUGGAUGCUGACCUGAUACGAGAAGGGGGGACCAUCCCCAUCGCCAGGACCUUCCAGGACGUUUUGGGGAAAAGCAUCAUCAUGAUGCCCAUCGGAGGCUUCGAUGAUGGGAUGCACUCCCAGAAUGAGAAAAUGAGCAGGUACAACUAUAUUGAAGGAACCAAGUUAUUCAUCUCCUACUUGAAUGAAGUAUCCCAGAUUCAGAAGACCAGUGUGUGAUGCUUCAUUGAAUUAAAAGCCUCCUAAUACAUUCCAGCUAACCAUGAAUCCACCUCCCUGACACAAGCCUGGGUUUAUGUGCCAAAGUACCCAUUAUAUUUCUAUCAUACAUUUGUCUGUGUGUUGCCAAACUCUUAUUUAUCUCCAUCUAUCUAUCUAUCUAUCUAUCUAUCUAUCUAUCUAUCUAUCUAUCUAUCUAUCUAUCUAUCAGACUGUACUGUA